AUGGACUCGCUCUUUGGUCGCAAAAAGCGCUCGCGCCAGUUUCACUCGUCGGAAGCUGCCGAUAAGGCUAUCCCCUACGAACGCACCGCCACAGGGCGCACGCCUGUCCCCGUUGACAGUGUGCUCGCCAGCUCGUCUUAUCAUAACAACGCCAGUCCCACCAGCUCUAAGCUCUCCAUUGGCAAUCCUUCCGGCAAUCCUUCGCUAGGUCAUGGCAUUCAACGAUCCAGCGCCUACUCAGAUGUUCAGUACGAUGUGCCAAGGUCUAGGCUCGUCAGCAAUGCCCAUGAAUUCGCUCCUUAUCCAUCCACCUCGUCCAUCAUCUCUCACACCAAUGGCUCCACAGUCUCGUCUAGUUCUGGCCUCUCGUCGCAUCGUCGCAAUCCGUCUGCAACUUCCAUGUCCCGUCAUGGUGUCAGCACGCACGACUCGAUGCAUUCUACCUCGAGUUCCUUGAGUCCUAACGGCGCCACAUGCUCCUCGCGCUACACUUCCAACACUAGCUCCGGCCUCGCUAACGGUGGUGUUCACAUGCCCCACGAUAUCGUCAGCAGGAUGUCGGUCGCUUCCGGCGGCUAUUCGCACGCCGACACCCCCAGCGCCAGCAACAGCCAUUCCAGCUUGGCCCGAGAGUCGUACCAGCCGGGCGGAAAGGCGCCUGACUUUGUGCUACAACGGCCUCCUGACGACCAAGUCGAACGUCUGUUUGCCGAACUCAUGGACAAGCGCGACUUUCUCAACGUGCCUGGUGGAAACCUUUCGGAUGAACUCAAAGAAACGGCACGGCGCAACAUGUUGAACUUUAGCGUCGACAAAAAGUGGACCCUCGUCUAUAAUGACAAGCUCACCGAGUGGCACGCCGAGAAGGAGCGCGACCGCAAUCGUCGUCAGCACGCAGGUCUGUCGGGCGCGCAGGCGGGCGGCGGCUCCGGCUUGGUCAUUACGCGCAACUCGCCCGAGUGGUUCAUCAAAAAGUUCAUGGAUGGCACCGUCACCACAAAGCACAUUGAGUCGCUCGCCGUGACGCUGCGAACCUGUGCCAUCGGUUGGAUUCAGAGUUUUGUCGAGGCGAAAGGUACGCCCGUUCUUGCCAGCUUCCUCAGCGGUUUACACGCCAAAGGCAUCAAAAACGAUAACGAUCUCUCGCUCGAGUACGAAGUGCUCAAAGCUUUCCGUUCACUCUUCAACUCCAAGCCCGGUGCCAACGAUGCCCUUGCCCAGCCCAAAUGCAUCAGUGGCAUCACCCACUCCAUGAUCUCGCUUCAACUCACCACGCGCAAGCAGGCAGCCGAUAUCCUGCUCUUCUUGUGUCAUUGGGACAAACCUACCGGUCACCGUCUCGUGCUGAAAGCCUUUGACGACCUCAAGACCAGUCAGGGUGACCACGGUCGCUUCGAUGCGUGGUUUCGCGUUCUUGAGCAGACCAUUGAUGGUAGAGGCAAGAUGGGCUCCAUGGUCGGCGCUUCAGACGAGGUGAAAAAGCUUAGCGUUGUCGGUCCGCACGAGUCCAGCUUGAACGAGUACGCCAUCAACAACAUGUUUCUCAUCAAUGCCAUCCUCAACUCGGACAUCGUACCCGAGUUCGAGGUGCGCGUCCACCUUCGUAAUCAGAUGGAGGCGAGUGGCCUGCAGCGCAUCUUGAUCAAGAUGCAUGCCUUCAAGAAUCCAGACCUCGAUGCUCAAAUUGGCGUCUUCGAAAAGGGCGCAGAGGCGGAUCACGAAGAUGUCGUCGAGACGUUCAACAAGGAGGUGCUCACCGAUCUGAGCGAUCCUGUCGACGUCUUUCGAGCUAUUGUCGGCAAGGUCGAAGGCUCGCGAGCCUACGAUUUCUUCCUGUCAGCUUUGCAGCAUCUCUUGUUGAUCCGCAGAGACGGCGACGAUCUCGUACACUACUACCAGCUCAUCGAUUCGAUGGUGACCUCGGUCGUCAUGGACCGCAAGGGUGCUGUCGAAGGCAACGACCUCUCAUCGCUGCUCGGUGUCUCGGUGAACAAUGUCCUUUCACGAUUUGCCGAUCAAGACCACAUCAACUCGAUGCAGUCCGAGCUGCAAAAAGCUAAAGCCAAAGCGGCCUCCCUCGAACAGGAAAAGCUUCAGCUCGAGUCCAAGCUCAAAGCCGGCUCAGACGGCCUCAUUGGUAAACUGCAGGAGCAGAUCGAAAAGCUGGAAGACGAUCUAGCGCUGGCUCGCGGCAAUGCCGGCGCUGCACGUGACGAGAUGGACGAGAUGGAAAAGGCGUAUAUCGAUCGCGUCGUUGCGCUCGAGAUCCAAAUUCGAGAGCUGUACGACAUGCUGCGCGAAGCUCAGAUGGAUGUCAGCGAUGUCGCUGCACCUGGUAAGGGCAGCUUGGACCGCAAACAACUCGUCGAUACAUUGGAAAAGCAGCUGGAGCGCAACAAGACCAUCCGCAAGCUCGAGGCCAAUGCCCGCAAGAAUAAGGCUGGUGCUAAAGGUGGCGACGUGCCGCCUGUUCCUGCUAUGCCCGGUGUGCCGACCGACGACGAUCGCAAACGUAUCUCUGCAUCGGUGCGGCGCCAGCCCACCUUGGCGCGUCAAGCCGCGAAUGACGGUCAGGAGGGCGAGGACGGUGCUGAUGAUGAGGAAGAGCAAGAUGAGGGGCACGACGAAGAGCCGUUAGAUCCCGAAGCAGCCAAGUGGAAGAUUCAGGCAACGUUGGCCGCUGGAAUGGCGCAAAACACGGAUCUGGCCUCGCGCAUGGUGGAUGCGCGCGAGUCUCGACGUCGCAAAGCGCAGGCACCGACACCGGGAGGCAAGACUAAGCGCACUUCGCAUCCUGCUGUGCGCACCUUGCUCGACGAGAUCCGCCGUCAACGCGAUGACGACUCGGAUUCUGACGAUGAGCUGAUCGCAGGACGAGGAAAGAAGAAGCCUGAUCCAGAAGUGCUCAGUGUUGCCGAGGCUGUAGCCGCUCCGGAGGCUGCUACCCAAGGACUGGCGACACCUCCACCGCCUCCUCCUCCUCCUCCUCCCCCGCCGCCCCCGCCGCCGAUGCUGCCACCUGCGGCCGGAGGCAUGUCAACAAGCCAGAAGGCACUGCUCGAUGCCGCAGCCAUGCCACCUCCGCCGCCGCCUCCACCGCCACCGCCGCCGCCUGCACCAGGCAUGAUGCCCAGCUUCUCCCAGAUGAGCAGCCACAGCUUCAGUACCGAAAUGCGAUCCGCUUUCUCGACGCCCGACUCGUCGCGCCCUGGCUCGAUGAUUCCAUCGAUCACCAGCACGCCUGCUCCUCCUGCUCCACCACCGCCUGGCUCGGUCACGGAAUCACCCAUGCAGGACAGCGGCCCUUACCGCAACUCGAUGAUGAAUGUGCGUGCGUCGUAUGCUCCUAUGAACCUCGGUCCUGCUGGACCCAUCGCUGCGCCUCCUGCUCCCGGCGUUGCGGGUCUCUUCGCCAACCACGCUCUCAGUCGCAAAGAGGUGCUCGCCAUGGCAAGCUCCAAGAUGAAGCAGCUGCAAUGGGACAAGCUCUCGCCGCAACAUGCUGCCGAGACCAUCUUUGGCAAGCACGAGCUCACCGCGGAUGAAGAAGCGCUCGUCAAGACGCUGCAGCAGGAAGGGCUAUUUGAAGAGAUGGAGGAAGACUUCAAGGCUAAGCAACCCGUCAAAAAGUCGACUUCGACCGCAAAGAAGGACAAGAUCGAGCUCAAGACGCAUCUCAGCUUGCAGACGCGUCAAGGUAUCGAGAUGGUGCUGAAGCGCGUCAAGUCGAGUUUGACGGAGAGCAAGCAGGCUUCGCCGGAAGAAGUGGCGCAUCAUAUCAUCAACUGCAACGAAGCGGUGCUCGAUCAGAGUUUCCUCACCGAGUUGUUGCGACACUAUCCCGAGAGCGAGACCAAGGGUCAGUUGGGAGAAUACAGGAAUGCGUCGGACGAGGAGCUGCGGCUGCUACAUCCUGCUGAUCGCCUCGUGGUGUUGUUGAUGACGGUCCCGCAUCUCAAGGAAAAGGUCAAAGGUUUGCUGUACAUGACCAAGUACAAGGAAACUUUUGACCUCAUCAAGUCGGGUAUGGUCAAGGUUCGAGACGCCUCAGAAGGCUUGAUGAAGGCUAAAGCUUUCGCUCGUCUGCUUAGUCUCAUCCUCAUGAUGGGUAACUACCUCAACUCAACCGGUGUGCAAGGUGGCGCUUUUGGUUUUAAGAUCACUUCGAUCAACAAACUCGUCGAUACCAAGGCGUCGGACGGCACUACGCUGUUGCAUUUCGUUGAGCGCACCAUCUCCAAGUGUUUCCCUGAAGUGGAAGCGUUCAUGGAUGAGCUCGAACUGCCGGCCGAAGCGUGUCGAGUGCAAUUGUGGGACUUGCGUCGCGAUUUGGCCGAGCUCAAGUCGGGCAGUUUCCAACACCGCAAGGAGCUGGAUCGACUGCUCGAUGAGAGUGAAGAGAACCUACAGGAUCCGUACGUCAAGAUCAUGCUUCCCUUCCUCAACGACGCGGCGUCGGAGCUGCAGAGACUCAACGACCAGGUGCAGUUCACCGAGCGAGUCUACAACGAAGCGCUCAAGUACUUUGGUGAAGGGCUGGAUCCGAAGAAGCGCGGGCUGGGGCAGUUGGCCAACCAGACGAUGCGCACUGAAGAUUUUUUCGGCAUCUUCAAGGAGUUCUUGGCUGCCUACAAGAAGGUGAAAGUGGACAAUGUGCGGAUCGGCGAGCAGAGGGCGAUGGAGGCCAAGCGGAGAGCUGCGGCGGAAGAGAGGGAGAAGGAGAGGCAGGAGGCGCUGGCGAGGAAGGAAGCGGGUGUCGACGACAGUGCGGUGCUCGAGACGCUGCUGGGAUCGCUGCGAAGUGGCGGGGGUGGACCAAACAAGCAGAGGAGAAAGGCGAGGGAGAGGAGGCAGACAAAUGCAGCAGCAGCAGCGGCGGCAGCAGCGACAGCGGCAAGUGCAGGUGCAGACGGAUCCAACGACUCGAUUCAUGGCUCUGGCAGCGUACUCGCGGGUGCGCAAGGCAGCCCUUCGGAUGUAGCCGCAGCGAUGCUGGCCAAGCUGCAAGGUGGAGAAGAAGGAGCAUCGGGCGAGCAACAUGCUUCCGCCAGUUCUAGCGCGUUCAGAACGACACGCAGACGAGAUCGUCGCUCUGGACGAGAUGCACCGCAUCCUACCAACUCGACGCUGGCCAAAGAGACAUCUGGAGAAGUGACAUCACCGUCCAUGACGAUCGACUCGUCACCCGCUCUGUCGCAGCAGACUUCGUCGACGACGCAUACGCCCUCAGCAUCGAUCUCGGUCUCAUCUCCAGGCAUGAGGGGUUUGAACGAUACGACGGUAGGCGAUGUGACGUUGGUGCCGUCAUAUUCGUCCACGAGCAAUCAAGUCGACGCAGCGGGUGGUUCGCUGUUGGGUCCAUCGGAGCAAGGUGGACACGAGACUAGCACAGAUCACGCUUCACGGACGGCUGAGAAUGAAGCAGAGCAGGACGAGGAUGCGGCACAAGACGACAAGCGUGUAUUCCAAGAUGCUCUGGCUGCACCUCGCAAGCCGGAUGUAGGAGGAGCAGCGAGCUCAGAUCUGGAGUGGUUCGAUCCCGAUCUAUCGGGGUUUUCGGCGGCGGCUCAGAGUGUCAAGUCGGACAACGGCGGUGGGUGA